CUUAAUUACGAAAUUCAUCUCUAUAGUGAAGCUUAGCCUAUUCUCAAACUUAAAAAUAAAAGAGAGAGAAAAAAAGAAAAAGAAAAGACCUCUCAUCUGAAUAGUAAUACAUAUAUAUAUAAUGUCUAUGGCUGAUCAAGAAGAUGGUAUUGAUGAUUAUACAGAAGAUGGAACUGUGGAUCUUAAGGGAAACCCUAUUCUUAGAUCCAAACGAGGUGGAUGGAGAGCUUGUUCCUUUGUUGUUGUAUACGAGGUGUUUGAAAGAAUGGCGUAUUAUGGGAUUCAAUCCAAUUUGGUUAUCUAUUUGACGAAGAAGCUCCAUCAAGGUACGGUGGCCUCUUCUAAUAACGUGACCAACUGGGUGGGAACCAUUUGGCUGACUCCUAUUUUGGGUGCUUACAUUGCCGAUGCUCACCUCGGUCGAUACCGGACUUUUCUUGUUGCAUCCUCCAUCUAUCUUACGGGAAUGGUCGUGCUGACUCUAUCAGUUUCAAUUCCUUCACUAAAACCUCCUCCUUGCCUAGAUCCUAACUUGAACAACUGCAAGAAGGCCUCUACCUUACAAUUAGCAGUGUUUUAUGGCGCACUCUACACUCUAGCCCUCGGAACCGGUGGCACCAAACCGAACAUCUCGACGAUUGGGGCCGACCAAUUCGAUGAUUUCUAUCCAAAGGAGAAGAAGCAAAAGCUUUCCUUCUUCAAUUGGUGGAUGUUUAGCAUCUUCUUUGGAACAUUUUUUGCUAACACAGUUCUUGUUUGGUUACAAGAUAAUAUUGGUUGCACACUUGGAUAUGCUCUCCCAACUCUUGGGCUUGCUAUUUCUAUUGGCAUAUUUUUGGCGGGGACACCAUUCUAUAGACACAAAAUGCCAACAGGAAGCCCUUUUGUGAAAAUGGCCCAAGUCAUUUUAGCUGCCAUGAGGAAAUGGAAGGUACCUCUUCCUCAUGAUUCCAAUGACCUUUAUGAGCUUGAUUCGGAAGUAUACGAGAAGAAAGGGAAUUAUAGAAUUGAUCCCACACCGUCUUUAAGGUGCCUUAGCAAAGCUUCAGUGAAAACAGGCUCAACAAGCCCAUGGCAACUAUGCUCAGUGACUAAUGUGGAAGAAACCAAACAAAUGGUACGAAUGCUACCGAUAUUGAUAGCAACUUUCGUUCCAAGCAUUAUGCUUGCUCAAAUCAACACCCUCUUUGUCAAGCAAGGAACCACUCUACAAAGAGAUAUAGGCAGCUUCAAAAUCCCACCUGCAAGUCUCAUUGGUUUCGUAACCCUAUCCAUGCUCAUCAGUGUAGUCCUCUACGAUUGGUACUUUGUCAAGAUCAUCCGGAAAUGGACCAAAAACCCUAGAGGAAUCACACUCCUCCAGAGAAUGGGAAUAGGAAUGGUCUUUCACAUCAUACUUAUGUCUAUAGCCUCUCUUACCGAGAGACACAGACUCAGUGUUGCAAGAGAACAUGGACUUAUCAAGAAUGGAGGACAAGUUCCUCUCUCCAUCUUCAUUUUGCUUCCCCAAUUCGUCCUCAUGGGCACCGCCGACGCUUUCUUGGAGGUGGCGAAAAUCGAGUUUUUCUAUGAUCAAGCGCCGGAGAAUAUGAAGAGCCUUGGAACUUCUUAUGCCAUGACUACUUUAGGUGUUGGAAGCUUUCUCAGUAGUUUUCUUCUUUCUACGGUUUCUGAUAUUACCAAGAGGAAUGGCCACCAUGGAUGGAUUCUCAACAACCUAAAUGAUUCCCAUCUCGACUAUUACUAUGCUUUCUUUGCAUUGUUGAGCUUUCUUAACUUCAUUUGUUUCUUGUUUAUCUCUAAGUAUUAUGUGUAUAAGGCUGAAGUUUCGGAUUCCAUUCAUGUACUAACACAAGAAUUGAAAGGGACGAGGCCUAGUGAUCAUAAUGAUUCAUAGUUGAUCAAUACUUAGGAAACUUUGAUAGUUUUGUUAGUUUAAUUGGGUGAUCAUAAUAUAUAUAUAUAUAUAUAUAUAUAUAUACAGGAGAGGUUCAAUCCAGUAUGUUAAUAAUUUAUACCCCUGGUUUUACAUGAUCCUCAUUUGGUACAA